UCGGUUAUGGCGUUUGGAAGCUGGAAGGCGCAUAGUGAUGACGUACACAGCCGGCCAGCGCACUGAGAAUAAACAUGGCGGCGUCCAUAUCGGAGCAACUCGCGGAUUUGUUGAACCCGCUGCCGAAUUUCGCAGACCCCGAGGACGACCAGGAUGACGAGACCAAAGCCAGAGUCGUAGACAAGUUUGAUGAGGGAGGCGAUGAUGAUGAUGAAGAUCUCCCAGCCAGUGGACUGCGGAAGCGAACAGCUGCUUUGUUGGCAGAUUCGGAUAAACGCUAUCGUGGCAGAGUGACGUCGCGCAAGGAGCUUGAGCAGGAGCUUGAUGGCUCUGCUGAUGAUGAUGAUGACGACGAUGAUGAUGAUGAAGACAUCGAAGAUAGACAGCUGGAUAAAGAGAUGGAAGUUGAUGAUGAUGAUGAUGAGGAGGAGGAGGACGAGGACGACGACGAGGAUGAAGAUGUCGGUGAUGAUGACGGUUCACACAUGUCCAGCUUGGUGUCGAAGAUGAAGGGCACUGACUUGAGCUUCCCGAAAGAGACAGACUUCCGCAAGCUCACAGAGGGCAUGGAUGACCUGGGGGAGAGCGAGAGCGAGGAUGAAGGGGAGACCGAGGAUGACUCUGAAGAGGAAGAUGAGGAGGACGACGACAAAGAAGACGUCGGCGACUCAGGAGAUGUGAUGACCUUCUCGAAGGAGAAGGUGGAUGAAGAGGUGGAGAAAGGCAAAGCAGUGAAGAAUCAGCUCGCUCUUUGGGACCUGAUGCUCGAAGGACGAAUUAAAAUGCAGAAAGCCCUCGUGACGGCCAAUCAGCUUCCUCAGCCCGACACGUUCCCCGAGUUCAAGAGCAAAGGCGGGGCCGAGUACGCCGGCGCGCUGAAGAACAGCCACAAAGCUCUGAAGGCUCUCCAGAGAUCUUUAUUAGAGCUGCAGGACCUGCUGCUGUAUCAGAACCCAGAAACCAGAGCCAUCUCGCAGGGGAAGACAUGGGGACGAGACAUCAGCAGCAAGUCCGAGGAAGACGAAGAGGUUGAGAGCGAUGAGGGUGAAAACGAGGAGGAUGGCGACGAGGAGGAAAAGCGGCCCGCAGGUCGAAGCAGACCCUCCAAGCGGAAGCUGGAGACGACGCAGUAUCCUGACUUCAUGGCUAAGCGCUUUGCGUCCUUCCAGCCGUACCGCGACGCCACGCUGCAGAAAUGGUACGACAAGACGCGGCUCACCACGGGCAAGAACAACAAGGGCUUCGGCGCGUUUGAGCGGAACAUCCUGACGCAGGUGGAGCAGGUGCUGAUGGAUAAGGAGCGCCUGCUGAAGCGUACACAGACACGCAGGUCUGACUACAGAGUGCUGGGCAAACCGGAGCUCAGCGCCGUCACCACGCAGUCCCGCAGAACAGAGCCUGAGGCCGCCGAGCCAGUGCUCAAAGCUAACGCACAUCUCAAAGAUCUGGACGAGGAGAUCUUCGACGAUGACGACUUUUAUCACCAGCUUCUUCGAGAGCUGAUCGAGCGCAAAACUAGUGCAGCCGAUCCUAAUGAUCAAGUGGCUAUGGGCAGGCAGUGGCUGGCCAUCCAGAAGCUUCGCAGCAAGAUCAAGAAGAAAGUGGACACGAAGGCGAGUAAGGGCAGGAAAGUCCGAUUCCAUGUACACAGUAAGCUGAUGAAUUUUAUGGCUCCUAUUGACCACAGUACCAUGGGUGAUGAAGCUCGGUCCGAGCUGUACCGAUCUCUGUUUGGAUCCCAGAUGCUUCAGUGAAGCUACUGAUGGAGGUGGAACACACCUGAGGAUCUCGCACACAAUGCAAAAGAGACAUUGCAGUGAUCCGGACCGCUGCGAGCCGGCAGAAUGUUCGAAAGAAAACAAUUUUAUGUUUUUUUUUUAAAAUCAUGUCAUUGCUAUUCUUUGGAAAUAAUUAUAGAAAUCGGACUUUAUUUCUGAUGUGCUUUUGUAAUAUAAAGUGACUUUUCCCCCCCCACACAACAAUGGAGAGAAGUUCUUAUAGCUGAAAAUCUACAGAAUAUACUGUGCUGGAUCUCACAUGCUAGUAUUUGGUAAAAAAGUGUUUAUAUGGUGUGUAAAAAAAAAAAAAAAAGGUAGGUAGUCAGCGGCGUCACUGUUACCGGAGGUUGAUUAUUUUCCUUUAACAGCACAUCCUGAAGGUGCACGUUCUUCAGGCUCCUGCUUUUCCCUUUCUUCAUAUGUCUUCCAUUUAUAUUCUGUGUUCCUACCCUUUUUACGUCUAGUGUUUGACAUUCCCUCUUCUUUUCCCCCUUCCUGUCCUACUUCUCCCUCCUUUAUUUUUUGCUUCUGUUUUUCCCUUUUCUUUUCCUCGGUUUCUUCCUCUCACUAUUUGUCUCCUCUUGCAAUUGUGAACCCUCCAUCCCUUAUUCCUUUCUUUUUGGGUUUUCAUUGCUCCUUUUCUUUUCCUUCCACCAGGCCCCAACACGCGCCGUUCGGUAAUAAUCACCAGACUCCACAAGUGGAUGAAGUUGAUUUUUUUUUAUUGAGUUAAAUUCAGCGGGAACACGCUCGGGUCAGCCGGCACCGCUAUCAUGAAUCAGUAGCACGUUCACUUUUAGUCCGGGUCUGUGCAAAGACGCGACCUUUCAUAGAGUCGGCACCGUCGCCGGGAACUAGGACCCAAACCCUUUCAAGCAGCGUUAAUGACCCUAUAAUUCCACCCCGAAUC